AUUGGUUAUAUGGUUCCCAGUUCCCAGGGCCGGUUUAAAACUGUUAGGCAGCAUGCUACAGAGGCAGAACCGCUACAGCGCCGCCUCGACCGUGGCCUCAUCGUGUUGGUCUCACGCAUUUUUACUACCAACGUACCUGGACGCUUGCCCAUUACCCAUCUCAAGACUACUAUCAAUAUUACCCCGCGGCGUGCGUAACAAUGCAGCAUCUCGGACUCUCGGCGUCCUUUUCCUGGGACUGGCACCUCCCGCCGUCUUACCUGUCGGCUAGUUGCUACACCAUAAAGCACCAACGAAACAGCGCCAGCAGCAUUUACACGAGGAAUUGUCUGCUCUAACUUCUCGCACGCCAAUUCCUGGACGGUCAAGACAUUCUGUCGUCUACUUCAUCCCCUCGACUCCCUCAAUUUCUCCUCCUACCUACGUAUCCAGCCAUGGCCAGCGAAGACUUCCUGUCCGCCCUCGCCACCAAGCUCUCGCCCUCGUCCAAGAUCCUCAGGGAUGAGAAGUCCCCGGACUUCACGGCUACGCUGGACCGGUGGUCUAACUAUGAUGUGAAGAUCCCGUUUGCCAUCGUCCAGCCUGCGAGUGAGGAAGAUGUCAUACACGCGGUCCGAGAGGCCGUAAGGGCUUCCGUCCCCUUCGUCCCCGCGUCGGGUGGCCACAGCCCGUGGUCGACGAUCGGAAAGGACGGGAUUAUUAUCGACCUGAGUCGGUACAAGGGUGUCGCAUACGACGCCGCCGAGAACGUCGCUACUGUCAGGGGCGGUACCUUGAUGACCGAUCUUCAAGCUGCGUUGCACCCCCAUAGGCAAUUUGCAGCCGUCGGCAACGGCAACACCGUUGGCGUGAUCCCGUACUACAUCGGUGGCGGCAUCAGCAUCUACACUCCCUUCGUCGGCUAUGGCAGCGAGAAUAUCGUUUCUGCGAAGCUCGUAACCGCCCAGGGAGAGCUUGUGGCAGUGUCGGAAUCUCAGAACCCGGAGCUCCUAUGGGGGCUUCGCGGCGCCGGCCAGUUCCUAGGCCUAGUCACGGAGUUGACCAUUAGGACUUACCCAUACUCUCUACUGGGCAACGACGAGGGUCAGCGCAUGUGCGGCACCUACAUAUUCCUCCUGCAGCAGCUCGACGCCGUCUGCACCGCUCUGCAGACAAUCAUAGAGAGCAAGGAACACGUAUCGGCGGGUCACGUCAUGAUCGUGCAGGCGCCUCCGGACUUGAAGCAGCAGGUUCUGCUAGUGGCACCGCAGGUGUUCUGCUCCGCCGAAGAGGCCGCGAAGCUGUUCCAGCCCCUAGUCGAUAUCGGCCCGGUCCAGCAGGUGUUGAUUCCGUCUACGUUUGAGAAGCACAGCGACCAUCUCGAUUGGGUCUGUGUCAAGGGAGACUUCAAGAAGUUCACCCAGAUCGGCCUAACCGGCUGGAGCACCGAGAACUUCAAGAAGCUUGCUGAGCUCCAUGCCGAACUGGUCGCAACCUGUCCCGAUGCCGCCCGCUCCGGGUAUAACGUGGAGUGGCAUAGCCCGUGCCGAGCAAAGAGGGAGCUAAAAUCGUCCUUCGGCCACGAGAACGUGGAUUAUUGGCUCAACGUGUUGAGCUGGUACACCGACGGAGCUCAUCACGACUUCGUAGCCAAGAUGGAUCAGAAGGCACAGGAGUGCAUGCGAGUUGGCACUAACGAGGAGGCCUUCGUUUCCUACACCAACACCAGCCGCGAGGAUGCUUUGGAAUACCGGUAUAAGGGCGACGACAGGAUUCGUAGGCUCAGGGCCCUGAAGAGGGAAUUUGAUCCCACUGGGACUUUUACGCGUGAGCUUCUGUAGGUGAUAGCAUAGAAUGCUGAUACUCAGCACCGGUAUCAGCCUACGAAUGGAAGUUCGCCGAGAGACGAGGUGGGAUGUCACAGCAAGGAUGAUGAUCUACCCAGCUUCUGUGACCGCACAUAAUACCUACCUCCGAUCCCCGCCCGCUUGGGACUGUGUUAUUAUAUAGAGUACCACCCUCCCCCUUCCCCUCCCCCUCCCCUCUGUCACGGAGACAGCAGUGAAAUACGUCUACGUACGCGAGGUGACCGCCCAUAGCUACCAAGAUCAUGCAAAUAUCCCGUGGAUUCUAUAUCUUUACAGCGAUUCCGCAGGAGCUCGAAGUGAUUUCCGACACGGCCAUGCACUUUUCGAAAAGGCCUACGUAAGUUACACACCAACGAGGCAGGCUCCUAAUAAUCUCGCGGAUCAUUGCGCGUGGCAAGGGGUGUCGAAAGUCCUACGUAACCCCGACUGUGCGUGCGUGCGUGUGUGUGUGUGUGCUGGAUGUGCUGGGUGUAGCACUUGGGAGCCUACACAAGAGGACC